AUGCGCGAAACGCUCACCGUCGUUGGAGUCUAUGAAAUUCAAGGCGCGGAGGAGACUACGCUUAACAAUGGCCUGAAGAAGGAGCUUGGAGAAAGAGACUUCCUCUUCCUCGAUGGCUCAGACAUGAUUGCAUCAGUGUCUUUUGAGCGGGUGGAUCAGCGACGUCACCGGACACGCCAUUUUUGGUCAGAAGAAGAGCAGACAGCAUACACCGUGUACACUAACACGGACCUGCAGACGCACAUCCAUAUUUUGCACGUGGAAGUUGACCCGCAGACCAUCUUCAUGUACCGACAGGACGACGCGAAUUGUCUGCGCUCUUCUCUGAGCGUGCCAAUCCUACACCAGUGGCAAGGAAUUGAGCGGACUACUCUGCAAGACGUCUGUCGAGCGCACGUAAUCCUGCUCUCGACAUUGCCCGACUUGCCUCUGGACUACAAGACGGCUCACGUGGUGCUUCUGCUUCGGGAUAUACGCAACCACAGCGAAAAAGAGAACGUGUGGCGUCAUACAUAG